CUCGCAAUGGCUCUAUGGUCAGCACCGGGUUUCCUGUUCCUCCCAGGAGCCGGAGCUGCACUGGGUCCACACUGCGCCGGCCCUGGCCCCAGGAGGACGCCAGCUCCAGCUGCGCGGCAGGGACCUCGCGGGACACGCAGGUUGGAGGGGCCAUGCCCCACUGGGGGGCUGGCAGAGACAGGGACCCCUUUGUGGGGCUGGGGAGGGUUCUCAGCCCUAGUCCUCUGUGGGGUCGAGUGCUGCAUCAGGGGAAGUCCUGCCCUGCACAGACACGUGCCCUGCCCAGCACCCUGCUGCUUCUACUGUGCCUUUGCCAUGGGGCAGGAUACGCCGGGACCAUGGCUAGGACCAGUUUGGCUCCCAACAGCCGUGUUGGAGUCCUGGGUGCUGGGACACAUCCAGGCUCAGCGCCUUCCUCCGGGGCUUGACGCCACAGCCCCCUGCUGCAGGCUCCCCAGGAGCUCAGGGUGACAGUGCCAGUGGCAGGAGGGGCUGGAGCUGCUGGACCACAUGGGGCUAGUGUCCCUGCCGGGUGGGGGUCACGGCUGCGCUGCCCUGGGGACCGGCCCUGUGCAUGGCAGAGGUGACGCUGCUGGUUUUGACCCCAAACUUCCUCCUCCCUGGCACCAUCCCCAUGGGCCCCAACUUCCUCUGGGCUCGGGUGCACUCUGCACCCUCCCGCCCUCCCACCUGCUUUGAAUGGGCUUUGCAAAGGAGAUGGCGUGGGCAGGGAGAGCUCUGCUCCCCCCAGGCACCUUGUCCCGUGGCAGGCGAUGCGAGGGAGGGUGCGGGAUGCAAAGGGCCCCCUGGACACCGCUCUCUGCUGUGGGCAGCAGCCGCGGCUCAGCUCUCGGGCUGCUCUGCAGCCUCCUCACACCCGACCGGCGGUGCCAUGGGCUUUGGGCCGGAGCUGUGGUGCCCGCAGGGGCACAGCGCGCUGCUGCGCCUGCAGGACAGUGAGCUGCGCCUCCUGGAGCUCAUGAAGAAGUGGAUGUCGCAGCGCGCCAAGAGCGACCGGCAGUACGCGGGGAUGCUGCACCACAUGUUCUCCCAGCUGGAGAAGCAGGAGAGCCCCGGGCAGCUCCGCGCCGGUGACCACGGCAGCCAGAUCGGGGAGUCCUGGUGGGUGCUGGCGAGCCGGACGGAGGCGCUGAGCCAGAUCCUGCGCCAGCAUGCGGAGGAGCUGGUGGCGGGGCCGCUGGCCAAGCUGAGCCUGCUCAUCCGCGACAAGCAGCAGCUCCGCAGGGCCUUCAGCGAGCAGUGGCAGCAGCUCAGCCAGGAGUACACCCGGACCACGCAGCAGGAGAUGGAGAAGCUGAAGGCUCAGUACCGCAGCCUGGCGCGGGACAGUGCCCAGGCCAAGCGCAAGUACCAGGAGGCCAGCAAAGACAAGGAGCGGGAGAAGGCAAAGGAGAAGUACGUGCGCAGCCUCUGGAAGCUCUAUGCCCUGCACAACCAGUACGUGCUGGCCGUGCGGGCAGCCGCACUCCACCACCACCACCACUACCAGCGGGCACUGCCCACCCUCCACCAGUCCCUCUACAGCCUGCAGCAGGAGAUGGUCCUCGUCCUGAAGGAGAUCCUCAGGGAUUACUGCAGCAUCAGCAGCCUGGUGCAGGAGGAUGUGUUGGCUGUGCACCAGGAAAUCGCUGGUGCCAUCCAGGCCAUCAACCCUGCCACCGAGUACAGCAGCUUCAUCCAGAGCCACAGGUACGGCUCCGAGGUGCCACCAGUGGUGUCAUUUGAUGAGAGCUUGCUGGAGGAGACUGAGAGCCUGGCACCAGCUGAGCUGCAGCUGAAUGAACUGACCAUCGAGAGUGUCCAGCACUCUCUGACAUCGGUUGAGGAGGAGCUGGCGUCUGCCACGGAGGCCGUGAGCAGCAAGGAGCAGCGGGUGCAGGAGUUGCAGGCGGAGAUCCGGGGCGAGGAGCAGGGCCGGAGCCCUGGGGAGCGGGUGCACUUGCUGGGCAAGCGGCAGGGGCUGCAGGAGGUGCAGCAGCAGCUCGAGGGCUGCCUCUGCACGCAGGCCAAGCUGCAGGCGCAGCGAGACCUGCUGGCCACCAAGCUGGCGGAGCUGGGGACCGGGAAGCCACUGCCUGUGCUGCUGCUGCAGGACGAUCGGCACUCGGUCUCCUCCGUGGAGCAGGAGCGCAGCGGGAGCACUGCACUGGACACCCUCAGGAACCACAUCUCGGGCAUCUUCAGCCCCAAGUACUCACUGCCGCCCCCCGUGCCCCUGAUCCCGGAGCUGCAGAAGCCGCUGUGCCAGCAGGUCUGGUACCACGGGGCCAUCCCGCGCUCGGAGGUGCAGGAGCUGCUGAGCUGCAGCGGGGACUUCCUGGUGCGGGAGAGCCAGGGCAAGCAGGAGUACGUGCUCAGCGCGCUGUGGGACGGGCAGGUCCGGCACUUCAUCAUCCAGGCUGCUGAUAACAUGUACCAGCUGGAGGGGGACGGGUUCCCCACCAUCCCGCUGCUCAUCGACCACCUCCUGCAGAGCCAGCAGCCUGUCACCCGCAAGAGCGGCAUCGUCCUGGCCAGGGCUAUCCCCAAGGACAAAUGGGUGCUCAACCAUGAGGAUGUGCUGCUGGGGGAGUGCAUCGGCCGGGGGAACUUUGGGGAGGUGUUCAGUGGCCGCCUGCGUGCUGACAACACCCCCGUCGCCGUGAAAUCCUGCCGGGAAACCCUCCCAUCCGAACUCAAGGCCAAGUUCCUGCAGGAAGCAAGGAUCCUCAAGCAGUACAACCACCCGAACAUCGUCCGGCUCAUCGGUGUCUGCACCCAGAAGCAGCCCAUUUACAUUGUCAUGGAGCUGGUGCAGGGGGGGGACUUCCUGAGCUUCCUGCGCAGCGAGGGGCCCCACCUGCGUGUGAAGGAGCUGAUCAAGAUGACGGAGAACGCUGCCGCCGGCAUGGAGUACCUGGAGAGCAAGCACUGCAUCCACAGGGACCUGGCUGCUCGCAACUGCCUGGUGACAGAGAAGAACACCCUGAAGAUCAGUGACUUUGGGAUGUCACGGGAGGAGGAGGAUGGCAUCUACGCCUCCACAGGGGGGAUGAAGCAGAUCCCCGUCAAGUGGACUGCCCCUGAAGCGCUCAAUUAUGGGAGAUACAGCUCAGAGAGUGAUGUCUGGAGCUUCGGGAUCCUGCUGUGGGAAGCCUUCAGCCUUGGUGCUGUACCCUACACCAACCUCAACAACCAGCAGACACGUGAGGCUGUGGAGCAGGGCGUGCGGCUGGACCCCCCCCCUCAGUGCCCUGAGGAGGUGUACCGCCUGAUGCAGCGCUGCUGGGAGUACGACCCUCGCAAGCGGCCCAGCUUCGGCACCAUCCACCAGGACCUCAUCGCCAUCCGCAAGAGGCACCGGUGAUGGGGAGCCCCGGGCCCCACCGGCCCGCUCCGGACAGCUCCGUGUGCCCAGGUCCAUCCCGGCAGCAGCGUCCAUCUCUGCCUGGGAAGCGGGCGCUGCGCCUGGACACGGCUGUGACCCCUCCCACGUGCUCCCGUUUGCGCUCCCGGGACGCGGCACCCCCAGCUCCUGCCGGCCUCCAUCCGCUGCAAUAAACAAACGGGCUCCGCA